AUGAAUAAUGAUAAUAAUAAUCCAGAAUAAUAGCCAUUUGGAUUAUGGAAUAGAACUGCUAUCGAAAAAAAAACGACACCUUUAGAUUAAGUAAAAACAAUGGCAAAUGAAAAAAUCUAAGAGAUAAUGAACAAUGUAUUUAGUGUUCUAUUGGAAGGAAGUUGUAAUAAAAGUUGGAAAAGAAAUAGAGAACCUAAAGUAGGAACUGAAAGAAGGUUAUGAUAAAUUAGACUAGAAGGCUUAGAAUGUUUUACAUGAAUAGAAAGCAAAAAUGAAUUUAUGGAUUAAAUAAAAAAUAGAAAUGGCAAUAAUUAGAGUAUUAGAGAAAACAAAACCUAUUCUAUUAGAAAGUAUACUUGAUCCUUAUAUGGUAAAUAUUGAAUGAGAUACCUUUAGUGUGAUUGUCUGUCCAAACUUAUUGAAGAUGUAUUCGAAGAAGUAUGGCCAGAUAUUAAAGAAGAAAUUUUAUUAUAAAUAAGAGUGAAAUAUGCAGAUCCUUAUGAAUUAGUGGAAUUUCCUAAACCAAAAUUAUGUUGUAUUGAAUAUCCUUGGUUUUGGUUUAAAGUUUGGUAUUUAUAUGUAACUCAACCUUUUGAUAAAUCAAUUUUUGAGUAAUUACAUUGGUAUUCUUGGUGGUUGGUAUUUAUUGUAUAAUUAAUACCAUUUUAUGGAGUAAUAAAUUUAAUAAAAUAUUUAGAUAUAAGCAUUUAUUUAUGUUUUUGUAUUUUUAUUUAUUGACAAAUAAGAUGAAUAUUAAUUGAUUAGAUUUAUCUUAGCAUUUAAAAGUAUGCAAUUUAUAUCAAUUGGAUGUAUGAAAUAUUUAAUGUAGUGAUAGGAACUAUGGUAGGAUAUUUUACAUUCUAUUCAUGUGCUGUUGUUUCAACUGUUGAUAAAAGUUAUUAAGAUUGUAAAGAAGAAGGACCAGCAAUAUUUUUAAAUUUUUGGUCUGAUAUUGCAGGUUUUUUACUUUAAUUGCUUUUGGUUUGGUUAGCAAUUAUAUUGUUGAAAUGUUCUAAAAUUAAAGGUUAGAUAAGAUUUAAGCAUGUAUAAGUAGCAGAAUAAUAAAUAAAUAAUAAAAUAUAAAAAUAAUCAUGUUGUUUAUGUUGUACUUUUAAUGAUAGAGGAGGAAGAUUAUAUUGUUUUAUGCUUUAUGAUUUAAUAUGUUUUUUAGGAUGUGUAGCAUUAUUUUUAGGUUUAUCAGUCUCUGAUGGAGAAAGAAUGUUAUGGCAAUAUAAAUCAACUAUGUAUUUAGCUAAAACUGUAUAUGGUUUAUUAAGUUUUCCUUUUUUGGUGUUUCGUGUUCCAGGAUUAACCUGGUUAUUAACUCGAUCUCAUGGAACAGGGUAUGAUUGUAAUGGUAAUUGUGUACCCUUAGUGUCAAAUUUAUAAUAGUAUCAUCUAAGAAACAAAUAAUAAAAAAAACCAUAUGAUCCUAAAUAUGUUGUUUAAAGGGAAGAUUUUGAUGUAAUGGAAGGAGUAGAAUUAAUGGAUGAAUUGGUAAAUUGA